UCUGUGACCAAAAAUGCCGAAUUUUGGAAAAUGAAUGGAAAAUCGAGUUAUUUUUCAAUAUUAUUUUCCAUAUUUUGCUGUUAAUUUUUGCAAUACUCGAACUUUAUAAUAUUAAAUGCAUCAAAUUAGAGAUGCAAUGUUCUCAAAUCAUUAACUAGUUAACGUAUUUCUCGGUUAUAAUUUAAUUACGAAGUGUGUGAAUAAUGUCUAACCAUUGCCGUUACUUAGCAUCCGGCUACCCCAGAGUACCGCUGAAAAAUGGAAUUGGUCGUGUUAUUGGUCAACUGAAGAGAGUUACGAUCAAAUUUUGCAAAUCUCACGGUUCAUCUCAAGGCAUCAGGAAUUUCAUCGAACAAGAUCUACUGGAUUUCUCACGCACACAUCCAGACGUUGUAGUUUACGUUAAACCUCGAAGACAUCAUUCCCCAGUAGUCGUUGCCGAAUAUUUGAAUGGAGAAAAACAAUAUAUGUCGUUUCAUCAGUUUACUCGUGAUGAGACUUUGAUGUGGUUGAAUCAUUUUACUAACCGUGUCGGUGUACCGACAGUUCGCUAUCGUAAGCUGUUGUAUACUGAGUGUCCUUCGAUUCAGGGUGUCUGGUCACCUUUUACUUUCCGCGAUCCUGCUUUGAAUUUGGAAACUUUCCCUAAUCCCAAGUUCACCAUACCUGAGAACAUGCCACCGACAGCUACCGAACGUCUUAGAGAACUAUUCGAACGUCAGAAGCUACGAGAAGAAAAUGAAAAGAACUUGAACGUUAAAAACGAAGAAAUCGAAGUUCAAAGUUGAAAGUGAGUAUCGAGACCAGAAUCACGUGUAGUAGGAAGUAUUGUUAGUUUUUUUUCUCUCUUUUUUUUAUUAUUACAAAUGUUACUAAUUAAUUAAACGUAUUCGUUGAACGGAA